GAAGGAUUCUGAAUCCAGGUUUUUGAAGGCUUGCUCUUUUUCAGUUUAAUUUUAUUUUAUUUAAUAAUAAUCAGUUUUUCUUCAGAAUUACGUUAAGCGACUUUUUUUGUUCUUCUUGUUGUUUUAUGUUAUUUUUUUUUCUCGUGGUGGAGUCGGCGAUGUGUGGAGGAGCAAUCAGGGAGGAGUGUGAUUUGGGUUAUGUGAUUGGACUCUCUUUCUAUAGUCAUGUUUGAUUGGGACGACGAAGAGCUUACUAAUAUGAUAUGGGGUGAUGACGGUGAGACAGGCGACCAUAUUGUGCCUUUUAAAGUAAGAAGUGAUCAACUUAACAGGAAGGAACAUGGUGAGGAAUCUAAGGCAGUUAAGGCAGCUGAGCAGAAGAUAACUGAGACUGGGACUAAAACUGACCUCCAUGAGAGUAAACUGGGGAGCAGUUCGGGCCACAAUGUUGACGAGGGGAAUCUUCAGCAAGAUUUUUGUAUGAGCUCAUGGCCUGGCUCAUCUCUAUCUAAUGCUAGAGAAGCUGAUCCAGGACCAGGUUCGAGUGAGACUGAACUCUCCAAAAGCUUAGCUGAACCAGCUAGAUAUGAUUCAGCAAGAGUUGAGAAAACGUCUGAACUUGGGAAAGGCCCUGAUAUUUUUCAUAGCACUGCCACUGACGAGAUUAAAGAGCAAGGUGAUUUUGAUGAGUACGGAUGGGCUAACAUUGGUAGCUUUGAUGAUCUUGAUCGAAUGUUCAGCAAUAAUAUCCCUAUAUUUGGCGAUGGCAGUCUCAACGGUGCAGAUGAGCUGUGGUCUUCUUCUAAAGAUGCAUCCAAUAGUCCAUCAAAACCGUUACCAUCGGUUUUGGACUCUCAAGAUCUAGGAUUGGAUAUUAGAACUGAAUUUGAGCAUCCAUUGAUUGGAAAGAUCAAUGCUCCCUCAUCCCAAAGUGUGCCUCGUGUACAUGUAACCCCAAAAUCUGAGCAGUACCAUGAGCAUAAGAGUCAAUCCGCAGUUGAUGACCAGCCAUAUAAACAAAACAAAAUGAUGAAGUUCUCGGACAUGUCGGGGACGUGUGUGGCAGGAGCAUUUCAAGAUCCAUACGGUCAGAGAACUCUAUCCAGGAGAAAAUUUGUAAAUCAGUUGGCACCGUCACAGUCAUCUUUGAUGGCUGUUAAUCUGCAGAGUGAGUCUCAAGGGUCUGGGACAUCACAAUACCCGCAUAUGUCAAACCAAUACAUGGCUACUUCUGGUUUUGGUAAUCAGACAAAUCCAUAUUCUGCUGUGCCUGUAGUUUCAGCCGUCCAACGUCCUGAUGUCAAGAAUCAGCUGAUGCAUCCUUCCUACAACCCUGCUACUGCCAUCUCUGUAAACAUGGUAACAGAUGCCUCUGCUCGACCUUCAACAAUGACGCCGCAGGAAAAACUAGAAAAACUUAGGCGAAGACAGCAAAUGCAGGCAAUGCUUGCUAUUCAGAGACAACAGCAGCAAUUUCGUCACCAGGUUCCUGUAGCAGAUCAGUCCAUUACUCAAAACUGUUGUCAAGAUAAUCCACUCCAGCUUGUCGACAAAACUAAUCGUCAAGGGCUAACUGGAAUGCGUUCUUUUGAUCCUAACUCAUCUCUGGAACUUGAUGAUUCUGCCAACUUUGCUGCUGCUGUUGAUAAUCCAACAGAAUUCUCAGCUCUUUAUCGGCUUCAGGAUGUUGUAGCAAAGUUAGAUAUGGGAACAAGGACUUGUAUAAGGGAUAGCUUAUUCCGGUUGGCUGAUAGCGCAGCUCAGAGACAUCACACUAGUGAUACAUCCCACAGUAAUAAGACUAGCCAGGAUGGCCAGGAGGCUAUUCCUAAAGAAAGAUCCAGAUAUAGAUAUGGCGGGAUGCUAGACACAGAAACAGUGACCAAUCCCACAGACAGAACUGUGGCUCAUUUGCUCUUUCAUAGGCCUUUUGAUAUGUCUACGGCAAAGCAUAUGGAAGGACCAGAAUCACCCGCUUCUUCGAAGAUGGGAACUGAAGUAAAAGGGAGUUUUCCUAGCACAAGAGAGAGUCGCAUGAAUAAGCAGAAAGCAAAAGAGGAAGACAUACCUACAGGUUCAGUUGCUUUAGGGUAUGCAUCUAACUCAGGAUCCAGUAGCACUGUUGGUGAGAGGGUUAAUGAGGCUUCCCAAGGAAACAAAAGAAAGUUGUGAAAUAUAGAAAGUUUAGGUUGCCGUGUUAAACAGAAGUUUGAGGAGUUCAGCAGAGUAGACAACAUCUCUCUGCCUCUUUACUAUUUCAUGUGCAGCUCCCAUUCUUGUAAUUAGAUGUUUGUUUUUUGGACUUGUUGAAUACUCCUCUUCUUGUUAAACUUACUUCAUGAGAACUACAUUUCGCAAAACUCAUGUACUUUGCUCUUACAUUUCUAUCCAAUCACGAAGGACCAAAAUAAACUACUAGACUCACAACAAUCAGUCUAUAUUCAGGAGAAAUAACAAUGUCUCAGGCUGUAAAGAAUUUUCCUUCUCUUGAGUUG